GAACUUUUCGAAGAAGAAACGCAGGAAGCAAGGUCUACAGUGCACUGCUCUAUGACUGUCUGAAGUCCUCCAACGCAUUAUAGAAAUAAAGAACGACAAUCUUGCCAAGCAUGAUAGCUCAUGAAGCCACCCUGGACAUUAUCGCCAUGGAAUACCAUUUUAAAUUCAGGGCAGCUAGCUGGGACUGGCGUCGAUCGUGAGACUAUGUAAACCUGCGUAUUCUGAUGCUCGCAGUUUCGGUAGCCAGAUUUUGCAUAUCCCCUCAUUCAGCUCCCAUCAUCCAAGUACACCUACAGCAACCACGAUACCACAUCGAGAAACUUCUAACGGAACUACUUGACCUCAUCACCGACGAUCUCUCACUCGAUGAUUUCAGCUCUCUGCGACUCUCGUGCAAAACCGUCUACGCGUCGUCGCUUCAUUCUUUUGGCAUCACAUUCUUUUCCGAACGGGUUUGCAUACUAAGCUUACCAUCCCUUGGGAAUAUUGUCUCGAUCUCCAAACAUGGAAAGUUUGGUUCAACAAUGCGAGAACUAGACUUUGUAGCGGAUGUGCCCCCAGAGGACUUCGUUGAGGUAACUAAGGGCCUCACAGUGUUGCGUCAGAAGAAGGCCGAACGAGAAAUAAGAGCUCUGAUUGAAUCCAAAGCCGCAGCAGAGGACGAGUUUCACAAGGCAAUGAUGGCACAAGCCGAAGCGACCGGGCGUAAGAACGAGGGAACUCUUAGUCAAAUGCUCGUCGAAGCCUUUGAGAAUUUUCCUAAGCUCAAAGCCAUACGCUUCUACCAAGCGACGAUGUCUCCAACCUCUACGAGGACAUACAAAAAGUCUUCUCAGGUUGCAUAUGCGUCCUGUUGCUUUCAGCAAAUCCUGACAGCAAUUGUAAAAAGUGGUCUCACACUCGAGAAGCUCAAAACAGUCACCAAGCCUUAGGUCCAUGGAUUUUCUCGAUCAGGAGCCAUCGUCCCUCAUGACGCUUUCGAUAUCGACCCGCCGGUGUUACGAGGUUUGGAACAAUCAUUUGUAUGCCUCCGCUCCCUCGAAUUGUGGAUCAGCGGUUCAUACCAUGGUCGUUCGAGGCUUCCUGGCUGGGAGCAUGGGAUCUCUCGGUUCCUUUCCGCAGCUACAGUCCUGGA